UAUAAAAGAAUGAUCAUGAGAGCUAUUUUCUAUUCACAAUUGACACUUGAAAUUCCUAACACUUGGGUUUAAGUUGUGAGAGUUGAAGCUUGUUCUUUUAUUUUGAUAUUAAUAUAGUUGUGGGGGGAAUGGGAGUGAAGGGUAUGUUGUUAUUUGUUAUUGUUGCCUUGGUCCUUGUAGAAGUAGAAGUAGUAGCUAUAGAUAAUACUGAUGGUACUCAAAUAGCCCUUGAUGGGUGCCAAAGAAAGUGUGGAGAUGUUCAAAUUUCAUAUCCAUUUGGCAUAGGAAAUUCAAAUGUAACCCAUGCUACCUGUUUCUUGGAAAAAUCAUUUGAACUUACUUGCAAUAGUAGUACUUCCACUUUAAUAUGGGGAACCAAUAUCCCAGUCAAAUCCAUAAACAUCUCCGGAGGUCAAGCAGAUAUGUUGAUUUUUGUCUCUGUAAAUUGUUAUAGCAAUGACUCUGGUAACACCAUUACAUAUAGCCCACUCCACAACCUCACAAGUAUUCCUUCUUUCACCAUUUCUAGCAAAGACAACAAAUUCAUAAGUGUUGGCUGCGAUACUUUUGGCUAUCUUAAUAGCUUCUACGACAACAAUACAGGUUAUUCAACGGGGUGUUUAACAAGAUGUUAUGGCAACAAUGUGGAAAUCAAGGACGGAGAUUGUUCCGGCAUCGGGUGCUGUCAGGUGGAUAUUCCUCCUGGAAUGAGAAAGGUAUCUACCCUAGUAGGUACCUUUGAGAAUUUCAACAGUUCUUUGACUUUCAACAACUGUAGCUAUUCCUUUGUUGUCAAAAAUGGCGACUACAAGUUUUUGAAGAAACACUUGGUGAAUCUAACAUAUGAGAGGCUCCCUGUGGUAUUCGAUUGGACUGUUGGGGACGGGACAUGUGAAGGAGGUACCAACGCUUGCAAGGGAAAUAGUAGAUGUGUGAACUCAGACACUGGAUAUGGUUACCGGUGUCAAUGCAAUCCAGGUUAUGAAGGAAAUCCAUACCAUCCACAUGGUUGCACAGACAUUAAUGAAUGUGAUACGGAAAAUCAUACAUGUCUAAGUAAACAUAAUUGUCUCAAUUUAAUUGGAUCCCACAAAUGUUUUUGUCCUAAGGGACAAUCAGGAAAUGGUACCAAGGAAGAUGGUUGCCACAAGAAAAAUUUCCUUCCUCAUAUUGUCAUUGGUGCAAGUGCAGGAUUCAUAACUAUGCUGGUGGGGACUUGUUUGCUAUACUUAACGUAUCAAAAGAGAAAAUUUAUUAAGCUAAAAGAGAAGUUUUUUAAACAAAACGGUGGUCUUAUUUUGCUACAAAAAGAAGAAGAGUCCUCCCAUACUAAAAUUUUCACCGCGAGCAAAUUGAAAAAAGCAACCAACAACUAUGACGAGAAGUUAAUCAUUGGUAGGGGAGGUUAUGGCACGGUUUUCAAAGGAGUUCUAGAGAAUAACACAAUUGUUGCUAUUAAAAAGUCUAAAGUAGUUGAUGCUGAUCAAUUACAAGUUGAACAAUUCAUAAAUGAGGUGAUUGUUUUGUCCCAAAUUAACCACAGAAAUGUGGUGAAACUUUUGGGUUGUUGUUUAGAAACAGAAGUCCCUCUGUUGGUCUAUGAGUUUGUAAGCAAUGGCACACUCUUCGAUUUCAUCCAUAAUGAAAACAAGAGAAAUCAUUUCAAUUGGGAAAAUCGUCUCAGGAUCGCAGCAGAGGCGGCUGGAGCUUUAUCAUAUCUUCACUCAUCUGCUUCCAUUCCAAUUGUCCACAGAGAUGUUAAGAGCGCCAAUAUUCUCUUAGACGAAGAUUACACUGCAAAAGUCUCAGACUUUGGAGCUUCAAGAUUUGUUUCAGUGGAUCAAAAUGCAUUAGCUACAGUGGUGCAAGGAACUAUUGGUUACUUGGAUCCGGAAUACAUGCAGACUAACCAACUAACUGAAAAAAGUGAUGUGUAUAGCUUUGGUGUUGUGCUUGCUGAACUUCUUACAGGAAAAAAACCUUUUUCAUUUGUGAAGUUGGAAGAGAAGACCAAUCUUGUUACGUACUUUCUAUCUUGCCUGAAAGAGGAUUGCUUGUUUGAGGCUCUUCAAGUUGGAAUCUUGAAUGAAGGAAACAAGCAGGAGAUUGUGGAAGUUGCUAUUGUUGCAGCAAAGUGUUUGAGACUUAAAGGGGAAGAAAGACCAAGCAUGAAGGAAGUGGCAAUGGAAUUGGAAGGAAUAAGGCUAAUGUCAAAGUGCCACUGGAUUAAUAACAGAGACAAGAAUUUUGAAGAGAUCCAACAUUUGCUUCCGAUGUCAUCAUCGUCAGAAAAAUAUGAGCAUGGUGAUAGCAGUAGUGGUAGUCAUCAAAAUACCAAAUAUGAUAGUAUCAUCAAGGAUCAAGAAGUGCUAAUUGCCUUACCAAGUGGAAGAUGAUGAUGCUAACUUACCACACACAUACUAAAGAGUAUUGUGGUAGGUGAAGUUAACGCUGGAAAAUCUUUAUGGUGUUUGUUUUAUAUGUGAUUGUGUUAGCUGUUUUUUGUUUUUUUGUUUUUUUGAGAAUUGUAUUUUAGAUCGUUCUGCUGGACUCUCUUUUUUAAAUAAAAUAAAAAAUAGUUGAAA